AUGGAUGUCAAAAGAGUCAUUGCGGAAGAGCUGCAGAUGAGGCCGCCGCGUCUCCCUGUCUGGUUCCGGUACGAUAUGCAUGGUUCCCUCUACAAUGACAAGUGCCUUAAGAACCAACACUACUACUUCAACCGAUCCGAGGUCACCGUGCUCUCGAGUAACAUCCAGGGAAUCGUCGACACAGUGACCACCCCUGUCUUGCUUGUUGAAAUGGGCAGCGGCAACUCUGAGAAAACGCGAAGCCUGAUUGACGUCUUGUUAAAGAAACAGACGACACUCACUUACGUCCCAAUUGAUAUUUCAGCUGAUUUCCUGCGCGAGACGUCCGAAUCGCUGUCACGUGACUACGCAGGGAUCCUCGAUGUGAAACCCGUCCCCGGAGACUACGAUGUAGGCAUCGAUAAAAUACAGACCAUUCCAGGCCGGAAGUUGAUCAUCUGGAUGGGAGGCGGGUUCCAGAAUUAAGCGUACCAAACUCAGAUCACCAGACUGCAGAGUCUAGCGCAGUCCAUGACAGGUGACGAUCGUCUGCUAGUUGCUGUUGACGUCACACAGGAACCGAAAGUUGUUGAAAGAGCGUACCGGGACCCAGACGGCAGCGCAGAUCCGCUCUACUUGAACGCACUGUGGCGAUUGAAUCGUGAUUACGGAAGUAAGAUCGAUACCGACAACUUCCGGUUAGAUGCGCGAUUCGUUCUCAACAUUUCAGACGACGCUGUAAGCGGCGUUCUCAUUGAGGCGGUUUCCACGAAACACCAGACAAUUGAUAUCCCUGAUCUCGGCCUGUCCCUGACAUUGGAUGCAGACGACAAGUUGCGCCUCCACGAAGGCGAGUACGUCAGCUGCAAGUACACAGAGGCCCAAUUGCGCUACAUCGCCCAACGCGGCGGUUUCGCGCUGAACCGGAUAUGGACUGACGCCGAUAAACACGUCGCGCUAUGUUGCUUCUCAAAAAAGUGACAGCAGACGUCAUGAAAAUCAACCCGCUAGAGGCAUCUAGGUUUCCUUGCUCCGAACAGUGACCACUACCAUCACUAUAUUGAUGGAUCGCGCGCUAAUAACGUCUUCCGUGUUUGUAAAAUCUUCUAAUUGUUUAAAUUAAGUUAAAUCGGAUAUUUAUUCAUCAUUUGCAUUCAAGAGUAAAUAAUGGAAUAUAACUGAUUAAAACAGGACAACAUUUUAUUCGAUAAUCAUAACUUUGUGUUCCGAUUUGUGAAUGCUCGGAACCAGUCAAUUUUGCGCAUAGGAUGCCUGCACACAUUUGUACACCAACAUGGUUUCGUGAGAGUUUUCAGCAAAAGGACUGAAUAGACGCGCUUUUUUGCAAUAGUAACAUAAUAAUGUUAAAGUGCUGAUUUUAGUUUGUCGCAAUUUUGCUC